AUGAAUGUGACGGAUCCAAGAAUCGCGUGUCUCAGUCGCCAAAUCUGGGUAGAUGGCCCGACCUACACAGAUGCAUUACAGGUCUACCGAGAAGUUAUUGGCGCCUGGUUGGGCAUCCCGAUCAUAGUGGUAGGCACCAGUACCAGCCUGCUAAGCUUGUGGAUGUUUUCUGUGGAUAAGUCAACGCCACGCACCACGAGAUUCCUUCUGAUAGCCGUCUCGGCCGCAGAUGCCCUCUUUCUGCCCUUUGCAGCCAUGCACAUUCUCACCUACGCCUUCUGCCCAUUGAGUUGCCGUCUUGCAAGUCCCCUUAACAUCUUUCUGUUAGCUUCCAUCUCAAGGAUUUUUGGGAAUUACUUUGAAAUCUUCCGCAAUUGGAUCAUGGUCUUGAUCGGAAUCGAGCGGUAUGUUAUUACUCGGCACCCGCUUAAGAGUAAAGCCUGGUGGACACCCAGAAAGACCUUUCAGCUGGUCCUUUGCAUGGCUGUGUUUUGCUUCCUUGUUCGUAUCCCCACCUUCACAGAAGCCAUCAUGGUCAAUCAGGUUCUCCUCAUCUCCAUGAUUACCUUUGCUGUCUUCAUGCUGCCCUAUGUCCCACUCUCGGUGCUGCAAUGGUCAGUUUGGCGAAAGGACAUUCAACCGAGCUGUCCCAUCAUAGUGGCGGAGUACAUUUUGGCAUAUCUGUCAACGCUGGGAACACUGCUCAAUUCCACUGCCAACUUCUUCGUCUAUGUGUUCUACUGGGGCAAGUAUCGCAAGAUGAUGUACAACAUGCUGUGCAGGUAUAAACGUGGUAGUCAAAAGGGUCCUAGCAGUCGCCACCGUCUGGCCUUCAUUAUGGAGGGUGAAAAUAGAAGGUCAAAAGCCACUCCUUUUAACCAAAGCUCCUCUCCUACUACGAAAAAUCAUCGACCGAUGCCAAAGAGUGCGCCGCGGUGA